GCGGGCUCAGUGAGGAAGACGCGGGAAAUGAGUGAAGGUGUCAGGUGAAAUUGGAUUAAAAUUCAACGAUGACGGAUUGAAACAGCCAGGAAGAAAACUGGCGGCGGCUGACGAGAGAGUUUUGAGAGAACAGAUGAGAGAGGUAUAUGAAUAAUAUCGGAGGAGUGGAAAACACGUGGGGAAAAUUGAAAAUUGUAGUUGAGCUUUUGCUGUCCUUGGAUCCAUGUGGUAGGCAUGACGGCUGGUGGGCACAGUGAUUCUCGGUCUCCCACGAUUCAUCUUCCAGUAGUAAAUAGUCUUCGAGUCCGAUGAAAUAGUUGUUUGCAUAGCAGAAAGUAAUCCCAAAUUUUUGAAGCAAAAUCGUAAAAUCAAGUGGAGUGAAGAUAAAGAAGAUAGAAAAAAGGAGGAAAUAGUGGAAGUUUGAAGGAGCGAUAAAAAGUGAGAUUAAAGUUGAAGUGAAGGUGCCAUUGCGGGCACAAUAGCACCACUGGUGCCCUCGGCCGUGGGUCCCGAGGGGAUGGACGCCAUGGCGGCCUCGUCGUCCUCGUCGACAAGCGAACAGCAGUACUCACUAAGAUGGAAUGAUUUUCACUCGAGUAUACUGAGUUCAUUCCGUCACUUGAGGGACGAGGAGGAUUUCGUCGAUGUUACACUGGCAUGUGACAGCAGCAGUUUUACCGCUCACAAAGUCGUACUUUCAGCCUGCAGUCCGUAUUUCCGGAGAUUACUCAAGGCGAAUCCAUGUCAGCAUCCGAUUGUCAUCCUCAGGGAUGUCGCCUCGUCGGAUAUGGAGUCUCUGUUGAGGUUCAUGUAUCACGGUGAAGUACAUGUUGGCCAAGAGCAACUUGCGGCGUUUCUCAAAACAGCCCAGAUGCUCCAGGUGAGGGGUCUUGCUGAUGUCAACAGCAGUACAGCCGGCACCAAAGUACCACCACCCACUGGAUCUGAGGGUCCAGAAAAUGCUUCACCGGUGACAUCACGAAAUCCGUGGCACGAGAGUACGAGAGAUCCACUCGACAGUGGCCUGAGUCCUCCCCCCGAGAAAAGACCGAGAAGUUACUCACCACCAGUGGGCAAUCACCAAGAGGCAAAAGCCGAUCUCCAGGAGUCACUCCUCGGACAGGCACUCGAAGGUGGACCCACGAUACACACUCCCGCAAAUAACGUUCAGGCACAAUCAACCGGUGAAGAUUCGAAUUCCAUGUCCGAUAAUGACGAGGAGAUAUCUAACAACGAUAGUAUUUUAAAUUCAGUGAAGACUGAGCCAAAUGACCUUCUCAAUGACUCAAUGGAACACCAUCGUAACUCCUUCCCAGCAGCUCUCCUAGGUCUUCAGGGAUUGAUGCCAGGCCCGUCAGGAAUUCACGCAGCAAAUCAGGAUCCAAAUUACGGGCGAUGGCAGCCCUCUGAUGAUGGCACGAGUGGCUGGCAAACCGGUGGCUCAUCGAGAAACGACAAUCGUGGAUGCAGCAAGCCAUUCGAUGAGAUCACCAUUCAGCAAUACAGCCGUAACGAUAAGCGCAUUGCCACCAGCCAGUCCUCAGCCCAGCAGCUCAUCAAUACAUUGAGCCCCAUGAGCCUCAACAGCGAGCAAUUAUCAGUGAUGCAUCACAAACUGCAGAAUAAUCUUCAGAGUUUACAAGUGACAUCGAGCGCCAAAUAUUUACAGUCGUGUUCAGAUCCCUUUCAGCACCACCAGAGCCCUGAUUUGAGCCUGACUGGCAAACCUAAAUGCCCAGAGUGUGGCAAAAUUUACUCCAACAACUCGAAUCUCAAACAGCAUAUUGUCAAUGUUCACACUGUUCAGACCCAGUAUCUCGCCUGUCAAAUAUGCCACAAGCAAUUUAAAACCAAACAGUAUCUGCAGAUACACCUCCUCUCGAUGCAUAACAUAAGAAAACGAAAGAAAUAUCCUGUUUAUCAGGUGCCUGGAACGCCUGCGCACGAUCAGAGGCUCAAUACAAGUGCGCAGAUGCCCCAGCAUCAGUAUGGAAGUGUCGAAGGGUGGACCGACGACAAAGAUAGCUACAAGAGCUACUCCAAUAGCUCCAAUAACUUCAAUAGCUCCAAUAGCUCCAAUAGCUCCAAUAGCUCCAAUAGCUCAAUAAUUCAGUUGUGGAAGUGGCUAUUGCCAUGGGGAUUGAACCGACGGACCGUGACUAAACGUGAGGAUGUCAUGGCUGGUGAGGAAAUGAUGGCUGGUGAGGAUGUCAUGGCUGGUGAGGAUACAACCCAGGCAGUGGACAAUUUGGGCCAUCUCUACACAGAGCUACGUCCCGAUGAUUCUCGACCGCUGUGUCGUUACUGCGAUGACGGUCAUGAAGAAGGAGAGGGUGCAGCUUACCACCACCACCACCAACAGGAUCUUGGGAUUGUCAAAGAGGAGUACCAUGAUGUCGCUGAUUUCGUGACACCGUCUUCAUCACAGGCUAAACGAUAUGACGAUCCUAGUGAGGAGAGCAGGAGAAAUUUCAAUUCUCCACGGUAUGGUUACACGUGCCCAAUAUGCAAUCGAAUAAUUGCUAGUAUCGGUGAUAUGAGGGAGCAUCUUGAUCGUCAUUAUCCGAGGGAUUCACCUACUUGUCCGAUACUCACGUGUCGUAAGAAUUUUUUGCAUCCAAACAGUGUUAGGAAUCAUAUGAGAAUCAAGCAUGGGGCUAAGUGGAAGGAGAUCAAGGCACUCAGGUGGACUUAUGUAGAAGUGCAGACUUUGACACUCGAUUCAACCAGACUCAAUGGUACUAGUCUCAUAGUAGCAAGACGAGGUCUCGACAUGAUGCGGGUACGAGCGACAGAUCCUCGACCCUGUCCCAAGUGUGGCAAGAUAUAUCGUUCAGCUCACACCCUUCGAACUCACCUGGAGGACAAACACACAAUCUGCCCUGGAUACAGAUGUGUACUGUGUGGUACAGUGGCUAAAUCCAGAAAUUCCCUUCACUCGCACAUGUCUCGUCAGCAUCGUGGUAUUAGUACGAAGGAUUUGCCAGUUCUACCGAUGCCAAGUCCCUUCGAUCCAAAUCUAGCGUCACGAUUGUUGGCGAAGGCUGGAGUCAAAGUGAGCCCAGCUGAGCUCAAAGCGAGAGCCAGUCCCACUGGUCCCAGGAGAAAUGACAUGAGAUUGGAGCUACCGAGAGGGGCACCUUCAGAGGCUGGCAGCUCUGUAUGCGGUGGUGAUGAUCCCGAGGAUUUGACACUCCCUCUGAGCCUCAGAUAUGGCUCACCAACACCCAAUAACAACACAGUCAUCACCAAGAUCUCUCAUAACAAGGCUGUUGCUGCUAAAUCACUCGAGUCAAUGAUGCAUGGACAUAAUCGUGAGCCCAAUAUAGCACCAAUGCACAACAGUCAUCUGCCACUUCAUCAUGGACAUCAUAAUAGCCCACUCGGAUCAUCUGCACUUCUUGAUACCUAUUUACAACUCAUUGCUGAGAGCUCACCACUCGCUGCACUUGGACUCAGUCCUGAGCAGGCCACUGCUGCUGCUGUUCAGGCUGCUAAAAUGGCACAGAUGAGUGCACAUGAGAAAUUUGGAGGGAGAGGACUCGAGGACUAUCCCAUGAUUGGCCGCGAUGAGGGACGGGGCAUUGGGCUUGUUCACGAGGAUCGACAUGAUCAUGACAAAAGCAUCGGAAAUGAUAAGCACGAGGAAGACGCUGAGUCUUCCAAUGGGGAGGAAGAUGAUUUCAGUGAGAACGACGAGCCUGAAGCUGUGCACGCUGAGUAAUCCGGUUUUAUUUUAACUUUUAUUUUUUGACGUGGAAAUGUCUAUGGUUCAAUUUUUGGUCUUGGAUUUUCUUUUUAGAAAAUUCGAGACAAUUUCACGGUUUCCCAGUGAAUUCACAAAAAUUAUCCGAUUUUUAUAAAAAUUCGAAAAAUCGAAAGAAAAUGUCUGACUUCCUUGAUAAUUCAGGAAAAUUAUGUGAUUUUUCAAUGGAGGAAGAGAUUUUCUUCAUCUCAAAAAUUUAAGCAAAUCCAUCGCUCUCUGGAUAACAAGGACCAAUUAGACGUAUCCACGUAAAAUGACGGAUGUAUCGAAGAUGCAGCCACACCUGUUUUAUUUUUUCUUUCAUGUUGGGAAGGAGACUCUGUAUGUUACGUUAUUACAUGGAACCGGAAUCCAUCCACUACCUCAUAUAGUCUAGAUUUUUCGGUUUUGAAAGAGACAGGUUGAUGCUAAAUUAAUGGAAGCAUGAUCUCCGAGGGGAGUUGUUACAAUAGUUGAAGAUGUCCCUGAAAAUUAUUCCAUCCGACUACCUCAGUGCACAUAUUAGAGCAAUAGGAACUACGUUAGGUGAUAGAUUUUUUUUUUUUGGGUAAUGAUGAUUGUGAGAGGGCAAUUGGAGCGGGGAAUAAAUGGGUUGAGACCGUCCUUUGUCGAGCCUCGUGACUUAAAUUUUAGGGGACGGAAACGGAACGACGAGGCCUCCGUCGAGAGGUGACUUGUUGGUGAGUUAUUUCUAGGAUUUAUUUUCAAACAUUUUUUUUUUUUCAUUUUGAUUUUCGCCUUUCAAAUCUCUGCGUUAAUUAGUGCGGUUAUUACGUGUCUGUGUUGAGACGAAGAGAGAAGUAUAUAUUGAGGAAGGAUCGGGGUUUCCUGUGGGUGCACUACUUUGACACGUGUUUUGUUUACAAAUUAAUUGUUGAUAAAAUUUGCACUUGGAAGGCAGAGGGCUUUUCAAUUGCAGUCGUCGAGUCGAUUUUAUUUGCUUUCGGUGCAAAAUAAAACUCAUCGUUCAUGACUUUAGGUUUUUUACUUCCCAUUUUGCUUUUACGUGGCUCAAAUAUUUCUAGUUAACUUGUUUUUUUUUUUUACUAAUCAUUUUAAUUAAAAGUUUUUGUUGAAAGUCCCUCGCGAUCAUUCUUUGCCCUGGGUUUUUAUGAUUUUGAGGGGAAUUGGUUGGGGCGAGAGAAUGGGAUUGACAUUUUGACAUGAACAAACAGAAAAUGAUGGAAGAAAAAUGUGAGGAGGAUGACGAGUAGUCUAAAGGUAGACGUAAGUUGUAUACAAUACUCCGAGUAUACUAAUUAUAGAUUUAAGAGCAUAGUAUCAAUAACGAACAGGGAAUGACGCGUAGCGAUGUGUUUUUGUGUUGAUAAACGAAUUGAACGAGUGAACUUCACUAUUGAAAAUUAUAAUCAGCCCUGGCUGUGGACUAAAUUGUUUUCUAUUAUUUAGAAAUGUCGAUUCGAUGAAUCAAUGCUGAGUAUACGAAUGAGAGUUAAUUUGGUGUUGAUCCGUAUACGAUUGGUGGUUACAUCGAAAUACGAUUAGACUAGAACGAAAUUAUUAAUGAAAUUAACGAGAAAUUGAAUAUUAGUACAAAGGAGUUUUCAAUGUUAGUGGUUUUUAAAUUUUUCUUUUCGAUUGAGAGACUACUCUUAUUCCACAGCGGGCUAGGGUACUUAUUUAGGAACGAAAUGAAUGAACAUCCUUAAUUAUCGAAAGAUCCAGGUCUAAUCGGUACAAAGAUACCAAUUCUUGCCUUGAAGCUCUCUAUUAUCUAUUUUAUAUGCGAAUUAAAUGACGAAAUUGAACGGAAGUUUUUACACGGGAUAAAAAUUUCCAGAGUACAAAUUUUCACACAAAUUAAUGAGGAUGUAAUUAUUAUCGACAGACUAACAAUUUAACCGAAUGAAUUUUCGUAGAGUAUCGUUCUGUGCCAUAGCAAUUUUCAAAGCAGAAGUAAGUCAUCGGUCAUUGUUAAAUGAUGACUUGUGUAGAGUGUUGGAGACAGCUGGAGAAAUGAAAUUUCAUUAAAUCCAAAACACAUCAGUAAAAAAAUAGAUUAAACGAAUGCCCAGUAAACGAAUGCGAGGAGAGUCUUGGUGAUAUUUUUAACAAUUUUUUCUCAAUUAUCACAGACGUUUUUAUUUAAUGAUAAAUAACCAUAACGAAGAAACUGGGAGUUGAUGAAGGAAUCAGGUGAAUUCCUUGGUUGUUACUGUGACAAAGAUUCGAGUCAAGUCCCAACUUUUAUCCUCAAACAAUAAAUAGAUUUUAUUUCACCCCUUUUUAACUGAUAGACGAAUGGAAAUAAAUGGACAAAUAUAUAUGUAUAGGUAUAUGUAUACACAGAUUUUUACAGAAAUGGGAAAAAAAGCUAGAUUCAUAUUUUCUACCCAAGUGGCAAGUUAUUGUAAUAGUUAUUAAUUCACAAUGGACUUUGUCACUAGAUCAGUUUAUAGAUGAAACGACGAAUGUUAAAAAUUAUUGAACAAUCAAUCUCAUAUUAUCAAUCCGUUAUAGUCCGCAAUAGUCAUUUUGCAAUUAAUAGUGAACAGACAGCCAAUUACAGUAUUGCAAUAGUUUAAAUAUAUAAUUGUACGUUCUGUUGGUGGCAUUGCAUUGGAUAAAUCAGCGUCAAGGGGUUUAUAAUGAGUCUGCAAUAGUUUUAAUAACGGUGCAAGUAGACUGACAAUAAAUAAAACGGUUAUUUCCAUUGAUUUUUUUAAUGAAUUUUUGAGGCUCUUCACGCUGAUAUCAAUGUCGAUGCUUCAACCGUCGUCUCAGGUACUUAUCAGAAUCAUCUGUGAUUGAUGGAUAUCAUUGAUCGCAGAUGGUGACAAUGAACGAACAAACUCAGGUAAACUCAAGCAGACAGGCCGUGAUAUAUUAUAAAUACUGAUAGAAUUUUUUUUUUUUUCAUUAUCUCUCAGUUUGAUUGUUCCCAUUAAUUUAUAAUGAAUUUUUGCAUACCUACCAAUGAAGCGAAGGGAAUGGGGUGGAGGUCGAUGGGAGGGGAAGAGAAAUAUGAAUAUAUUAUAUAUCGCCAUAGCUACCUCCGUAAUGAUAAAUAAUCAUCAGUCUUUUUGCAUCCAAAUUACUGUAAAAUAAACCACUGAACGAAUGCCCUAACAUAGGAUAUAGAAAACAAAUCAUUAAAUAUCAGAUGUCUAAGCAUUUUUUGUUCUUGUUUAUUUUUUUUUUACGUAUUAAUGUUUACAGAAAAAUAUUGCAAGAUUCUAUCCUACUUCCACUGCAUAGAUCUUAAGGACUGCACCAUUACGGAACGAGCGAGUGUCUGAUUUUUUUUUUAUUUCACAUUUUUUUGUGGGUCGUACAUUGUGUGAAAAAUUUGGUUGAAUUGAGAGGGAAAAGCCGAUGAGAUUUCAAGUUUCUUUGCAAAUAAAAAAUUCACUGACCUACCAAAAUUCUGUCACUUGUCGACAAUUUUUUGUUGCAGAAAAGUUGAACUGUAAUUUAGCUUUUGCACGCAUAUUUCCACCAUAUUAUUCAGUGAAAAUUUUUUAAUAAUGAAUGGACCAAUGAUUGCUCCCCUUUUAAAAAUUAUUUUAGCAGAAGCUACGUUGAACAGAGAAUUGAAGUGAUUUCACUGCCAAGUUGUCACUCACUCGUUCGUUUCGUGAUCAGUGCUGAUUAUUCCAAAUCGACAAUGCAAUACAAUGUACUUACAGUCACAUGAACAAUCUUUUUUAAUGAACCAAGUGCGACAGAACUGUUUGAAUGGAGAAAUUUGUAUGUGAGACAUUUAAUUUUAGAGUUGAGACGAAAUUUCAGGGGGGCUGAAGAAAUAUAAAUAUACUCCAAUGGCCCAUUGGAUUGGAGAUAAUUGUUUGCAUAAUACAUGUAUGUACAUAGAUUAUAAUAAUAUCUGCGGAUAAACUUACAUGAUUUCGUGAUAUUUACACUGAAAUAAAACAUAAUCAGGGACGCAGGGAAUUUUUGAUUUUCGAGAGACGAUAAGUACGAGAGAUAUUCAUUUUCGUUAAUGAAUGAGAAAAAUAUGACAUGUGCAAUGAUACAGGAGAGAAGAAAUUAGAGAUGAACAUGAAAAUUGGCGACAGAGUGGACUGGUGAAUUGAGCGUGUCCCGUUGGAUUGAAAUUGCCAAUAAUUUUCGAGAGUUGUAAAAAAUACGUUGGAUUGUACGCAAAUUUAAGAAUUACUUUAAUAUCUAAGGUGCUUCAUGAUUAAGUAUUUGUUACGUUGCGUCUAAUUUUUUUUCUUUGCCAUUUUUUUUUUCAUUAUAAUAUUUUUUUCAAAUAAGAAUGAGAAUAGUUUGUUUUAUUCAUUUCUUCAUUAACCAAUGAGUCAUACUAUAAUAGAGUUGUUCAAGGUCCAUUAUUUGUUUUUAUUUGACGCCCUGGGGCGUUUACCGUUGAUGGCCUCUCAAUUCUACCUCAUUCCCAACUCCGAUGAUCGACAAAUGAGGAAAACUCGAAUAAUUUUCAAACGAAAUAGCAUGACUAUCAUUUUGUAUAUAAUUCCACACUUCGUUCUAUUUAUCUUUGCACAUACGCGCUUUAAUCUGCCCCUUUCAUCUUUCACUAUUCUCCUCUCAUUUUCAUUGUUUUUAACGCGUCUUCCUCGGAGUACUGAACCGCUAUCCAUUGUUUUUGCCAUUUUAUUAACGUGUAAGCCAUUCAACUUGCCAAUAUUAUAAACAAUAAACGCGUUGCAAAAUUA